AUGACAGAUGUCAAAGACACCCGCAAACCAGACCAAGUCUUUACAUCAGCGGAUCGGAUCCGGCAAUUGAAUGAAAUAGACAAGGAUGUGGCCAAGCUAAUUCAUUCCGCGGGUCUCGCAAUCCAAGCCUUGACCAACGCUCGGUCGGGCGAGUCACCUUCGGACAAUUCUCUCGCAUCCCACCAAGCCCGCUUCAAGGAGGCCACUUCGCAAUACUUCGCCCUCCUUUCGUCCAUUGAUGUUCGACUCCGUCGUCAGGUGUAUGCUCUGGAAGAGGCGUCUAUUCUUGCGCCGGACACAGCGUCGAGAGCGGAGAAUCUACCUGGUGCGAGCAGUGGUGGAGUAGCGGGCGCAUCAUCGAACCCGCUCGAUGUUAGUUGGCUUAACAGUCGGAAGGAUACGGUGGGCAAGGAUAAGGAGGCAGAGCUGUGGGCUGCUGCGAGGGAGUUCGUGGAGCGGAUUAGCAAUCCGGCGUCUGUGAGCUCGGGAGCGAAGACAGAGGGCGAGCAGGAGAAGAUGGAGGUUGAUUAG